GUGUACCAAGAAUUCUGUAAACAAGAUGCAUCUGAUUCCUACGAUCCCCUGAGCCCCCGGACAACUAUUUAUCAGUAUGGUUCCUCAAACGGCCCACAGGGAGAUGACACUAUCCACAGCGUAAGCGAAGAUGAACAGGUUGCAUUUUGUGGCUGGCUGGAAAGCAAAAUAAUCAACUGUUCAGCGCCGGAUACCAUAGACCUUCGGGCCUUGCACAGAGGUCCCAAACUAACCCGAUACCAGGUACUGGAGAACAUUACCCUUGCCUUGAACAGCGCUCGCGCUAUUGGAUGCAACGUAGUAAAUAUUGAUGCAGCCGACAUUCAAGAAGGUACCCGCCAUCUUCUGCUUGGCCUUCUAUGGCAGAUUAUUAAAAUCGGCUUACUUCGACAAAUUAAUGUUGUCGCACACGCUGAGCUAGUGGCCCUUUUGGAUGAUGACGAAACAAUUACAGAGUUUGCCAAACUCUCUCCAGAAGAAAUUCUCAUGCGUUGGGUCAAUUAUCAUCUGAAGCGCUCUAACUGUGAUGUGCGGAUGGAGAACUUUUCUUUCGAUAUUAAAGUAAGUACUUCCUUUUUCCCGCUAAAGAGAAAUGUAAGCCUUCCUUUUAACAAAAUCUGCUAUGAUUUGAUCAAAUACGACAGACCUCAUAGGAAAGCGAAGAGUGCUCUGUAA